AUGAUAGAAGAAGGCUACCAUGGCUCCGUGGACACUUUUCCUCUUGCCACGGGGUUGAUGCAGCUCUCUGCCCAAUGGGAACAAGCCAACUCGAACGCAAGGCAUCACGUCACCAUAUAUGAGACUACAGUCCCCGUGAAGGUCAGGAGAUACAUCAAUGUUCGCGAAGACGACCAGGGCAAGCGCGUGGUAAUCGAGUGUAACACUUAUGCUCGAAAGGUCUUUAGCCACAAUCUGCCAGAUUUCCACUCCGCAAAGCAUAUCAUGGCAGAAUUAAAGCUAUUAGAUACAUCUUACAUCUCCGUUCGAUCCAAAGAUAACUGGAAGAAACUCAUUCUUCUACAGUUCCAUCACGCAUGCCUGAGACUGUUUUUCGAAUUUCUUACAGCUUUGGAAUCAUACGAGAAAGAACGUACGAAAGACGCAGACACGGAUUCCGGUUCAGCAGAGCUCUGGCAAUGGAAUCUCAAGUCCAUUACCAAGCGAUCCAACGAGUAUCGAGAUCUUGCAGAAAUGGCCCGCAAGCUAAUCAGUACUACUGAAUCCCUGAUCGACGUAGUGAGAUCGUCGUCUCCUGUUGUCGACUCGACAUCUCAUGCGAAUAAGUUCAUGGCCAUUGACACGGAACUGCGAGGACUCUGCCGAGAGGCGAGCGAAAUGAUCCAGAACUUCUCAGAUCAACUAGAUCACGAACUCAAGUACCUCGAACUAGCCCGGGACAUCAAUCAGACAAAGAGCGUUCAGCAACUCACACUCCUGGCCACAAUAUUCCUGCCCUUGUCUCUUGCCGCUGGAGUUCUCAGUAUGCAAACAAGAUUCAAAGAUCUCGGUACACUGCUGUACGAUUUCUUCGGCGUGGUGGUACUACUUGCGGCUAUUGUUCUAAUUCUCAUAAUCCUGCUGAAUCUCAUGGCUUUUGUGAAUGAGGUAGACAGCAAACUUAGUGUUAGAAGUUCCAUGUACAGAGUAGUCUUUAGAGGAAAGCUGCUGUUUAUGAUCAACAUCGGAUUCUUUGUAUUUGGGUGUCUAGUGUUAUCAUCCUUCUUGGUUGGAAUGUUCAAAGAUGUUUUGUUCGGUGCCAAGAUACUAGGAUAUGGUGUUGCAGCGAUAUGUGGUGUAUGGAUGUUUCUGGCAGCUAUUUGGGCCUUUCUGUUCAUGACAUGA